CCCACAGGUUGUUAACCCCCCAGGAUUUUGUUCCUCUUGACAACACUGAAGUGCAGAGCCUGGGGAUGGUUCUGCCCCAAGGAUGGGAGGAGGAAAUGAGCAUUUAAAGAGGAAAAGUAGACAAAUAAUUCAGAUAAACAAGGAACAAGGUCAUCUGGGCUCAUCCAAACACUUUAUGCAAAGCACUGUGCAACUGUAUGUUGCUGAGGUGCCCAGGCUUUGGUUGGGUGUAUUUUUCUAUGUUUGCUAGCUAUAAUUCUAUGAGUGGGCAUGGUGGUGAUGUCCUGGCAGUUGGACUUGAAUAUUUGGAGGUCUUUUCCAUCCUUAAUGAUUCCAUGAGGGGCCAUGGUGGUGAAGGUUGAUGGUUGGACUUUUCCAACCUUAUAACCUUAUUGUUUCUAAGAUUCUAUGAGGGGGAAAAAAAAAAGGAGAAAGACUAAUGGGAUGACAAUGUGACAGCUCACUUGUAAGCCACUUCUUACUCAAGGCCUUGCCAGAGGUCAGUGUCACACUGUUGAAAAUCUCAACAUCAUCAACACCACCAUCUCAGACAUCUCACAACCACAGCAGCAGAGUGUGCAAAGUGCUGUUAAGCAGUGAAAAACCCAAGUCAUGGGGAAGAGUAAGAGAUUUUUCCAUUAUCAUGCAGUCAACGAUGGCAAUCUCAUGCUCUGACCAUGUGGUUGUGAUCACUGAUUUGCCAGAGCCCUCCUAGAUCCCACUGACACGCCAAAGAUUGGAAUUCUUGUUAGCAUUGCUGGUCCUGAUAGCCAAGCAAUAAUUAAAAAAAAAAAAAAAAAAGGCUUUCCAAGUUCCCAUGACAUAAUAUUUCAUAGAAUCAGAGACUCUGAAUUGUUUGAGUUGGAAAGGCCAUCUGGUCCAACUGUCCUGCAAUGAGCAGGGACACCUACAGGUCCUCCAUCAGGUUCUCAGAGCCUGACCCUGAGUGCCUCUGAGGAUGGGGCAUCCCCCACCUCUCUGGGCAACGUGUUCUAGUGCUUCACCACCCUUACUGUAAACCACUUUUUUUCUUAUAUCCAUCUUUGGGUGAGAUGGAACCUUUGCAGCAGUUGUAAGGAAAUGCAGAUCUGUAGUAGUGGGAAUUAUUUCUGAUGAGGAAAAGUAGGAUUUCUGGUCCUUCCUCAGUGAGAGGUCCUUUCUCAGUGAUCUAUUCCCAUUUCAUGUUAUGAAAGCAUAAGGUAUUGGAGGGAAUUUUUGUCAAUUUUUGGUGGGGGAGAGUAGGAACUGGAGCCUGUGGAGCUCAGGCUCCAUUUCUAGCUGGAGUUUCUCUGUCAUUGGUUCUUCGUGCCUUCUUGGGCAGGUAGACACCUGCGGUCUCUGUAGAAGAAAAGCCUGUGGUCUAACUUUGGUGUGGGCCCAGUUCCUGGCAAUAUGCUAUUUCAGCUUCUUUGAAAGAAUGACUCACAUAGUUCCGGUGUACUUAAAAGUCUAAAAUAAAGAAGCAGUCAUCGGAGCACCCACUUCCACUUUUAUUCAGACAGACAAAAAAAUGAAUGAUACAUGCAGGUGCUGUCGGUCAUUUCCUCCUCAGAAGAGACAGAAAAUAGCUGCAAUGGAAUGAGUCAACUGGGAGAUGGAAGCAGCGGUUCCUGGAAAUGAUAGUGGCCCCCUGUGCAAAGAUAACAAGCCAGAGAUAAAGCAAAUAAUUUGCUCUGUGAUCGUUAUUGACUGUGUGGGGCAGUGUUAGGAUUCCCAGCUGCUGUGUGCACAGACUCAGCCUGCAGACACGGGAUGAUCCCUGCUUCCUGCUGCAUGUAAACUGGAGGACAGCAGAGGGCAUUGAAAUAAAACUGCUGGCCUGCUGAAGCACCUUCUUCCUCCCCUGCUUGUGGGACCAAAGUGUGAACUGCCCCUUUGUCUGCUGUGGAAGGAACACAGAUGGGAGGAGGCUGUUUGUGGCUCAAGACUUGAUGCUGCUGUGGUUGGGAGGAGGAAACAGGUUCCUCAGCUCACAGCUCCUGAACACCUGGUGGGCACCCACAAAACUGCAGAAUGGAUGGGCAGAAAAAGCAUGAGCAGCAACUGCAGGAGUGUGGCUGUUGGCAUGGUUGCUGUGGUUUAUCCUGCUCUGUGAUCCUGCAGAACUGAUCAGCAGUUUGCUCCUGAACUGAAGGAAGGAAUGUGAGUGCCUGUAGCAGAACGGCCAUUGGCUCUAACACUGCAUACGCAGGACCAGACAAAAAAAAAGAGUGAGCUCAUUCCUUUAUACAAGCCAUUAAAUCUGCCAAUGGAGAGACCAGAAGCCAGGCUCUACGCUCCGUGUUGCGUGUGUGAUGUGCUGUUUCCAAGAGGCUUCUGGGUUGAUCGAACCCCGGUUCAUGAAGCAGCCAGGCAGGGAGAAAUCCUUCAGCUGCAACAGCUGAUAGAGAGUGGAGCCUGCGUCAAUGCUGUCACCUACGACUCCAUCACCCCGCUGCACGAGGCGAGCCUGCGAGGGCAAACGCAGUGUGUCAAACUCCUGUUGGCUGCAGGGGCCCAGGUGGAUGCCAGGAAUAUUGAUGGCAGCACUCCACUCUGCGAUGCCUGUGCCUCAGGGAGCAUUGAGUGUGUGAAGGUGCUGCUGUCCCAUGGUGCCAAAGUGAACCCUCCCCUGUACACAGCAUCCCCUCUUCAUGAAGCUUGCAUGAACGGCAGCUCAGAUUGUGUGCAACUCCUCAUAGACGUCGGUGCCAACUUGGAAGCUCAUGACUGCCAUUUUGGGACACCUCUACACGUAGCCUGUGCCCGGGAACAUCUGGACUGUGUGAAGUUGCUGCUUAAGGCAGGGGCAAAUGUGAAUGCUGCUAAACUCCACGAGACGGCCCUCCACCAUGCAGCAAAAGUGAAGAACGUCGAUCUGGUGGAAAUGCUGAUUGAGUUUGGAGGAAAUAUCUACGCAAGGGACAACAGAGGAAAGAAGCCAUCAGAUUACACCCUGAGAAGCAGUCCCACAGCAAAAUGCUUUGAGUACUAUGAAAAAACACCUCUGAGUCUGUCACAGCUCUGCAGAGUAACAGUGAGGAAGGCUGCUGGGCAGCGAGCGCUGGAGAAGAUCGCCAAACUCAACAUCCCUCAGCGGUUAAUCCAGUACCUGUCCUACAACUGACAGGCACCAAGGUGGCCGGGAAGGACACUGUCUUUAGAUUGCACAACAUGCACAACAUGAAGUAUCCGUCUCUUUCUCUUCUACCUCCCCACAAGAAAUGAGUUUUAAUUUAAGCAAACCGGUGUAAAUAGUAUUUAUGAGGCAGCACUUCACGCCCCUUCCUCUUCUCUGUGAGGGAUUGUUUGGGCACAGACAUCCUUAGGCAAGGUGUAGUGCUGCUCUGGAGCUACAGCCUCUCCCAGGGUGUUCUGUUUGACUGUCACUGUAUUUCAGGCUGUAGUGCUCACUCUGUGCAUGGGAUUUGUCUUGCCUAAUUUUAGCUGUCUCCAACCUAAACACAUCUCUGUACGAUCCAGCCAGGCUCCCUUUGCAGGCAGUGGAGAGAAAUAGAUACUUCCAGAGCAUGAUUCAUCCCUCCUGUUUUAGAUGCCUGUGUUUGGAUGAUACACAGCUUCUUUGGGGCACCUGUCUCCACUGCCUGCAAAGGGAUUUGGAGGUGAUACUCUGGAUAUGGAUGUGCAUGGAUGUGCAUGUCUCUGAAUUGGGAAUGCUGGAGCCCACCUUUCUGUUAAUAACUAGAGUGAUAACUGUUAAUGCCAAGGAACAAGUCUUGAGUGACCUGUGUGCUCCAGCUGGAGGCAAAUGAAGUCCCCAGUCCCUGUGAGGUGAGCCAGCUUGUACUCUCAUGUUCCUAUAGGACGUCUUUAUGUCUCCCCCUGAAGCCCAAGCAGGAGGCAGGUCUGUCUGCAUGUCCCAGGAAGAGCUUCCUUCCAGAUAGCUGGUCCCAAAGAAUAUUUCUCCACUUACUCUGAGCCACUAUGACCUAUCUGUUGCUUUUAUGUGCAAUAAGAGGCGGAUGUGCUGCCCAGUGUUGCCCAAAGUACAGAACUCUGUAUGGCAAGGGCACAUCUCUUAAGCAGUGGUAUACCUAAUCCCUGUGGCAUAGACCCACAUCUUUGCCUGGGGUUUGGGAUUUUUUUCCCUUCUGAGUUUGUCUCUUGGUUCUGGAAUCUCUCAGGAGGUUGGCAGCAGGAGUGCUGUGCUGCUCAGUGUUGUGCUCAAGUCUUUUGGCUCCAGCAGGUGCUUUGCAGCUUUGUACUUGGGUGAUUUAAACCUCCAGGGUGACAUUUAUAUGAGCAGAGCCAAAAUUGUCGUCUUCCUUCCAGAUGAGACGUUCCAUACCAUGGGAUGAAAGGGAUGAAGCUCCCUGGUGGCAGGUCCUUAGCACUGUGAUGAGAGCAAAUUCCUCCUCUAAAUAACAGUAAAGGUCAAGAAAUCCUGUGGCUGACGUGGGAUCAAGAGAACUCAGGGCUCUCAACAUCCUUCAUGCUGUGCAGGAUGAAUGGUAGCUUGCUUUCUGUCUGCAGCUUGUGAGCUUUCAUACUCCUGCAGCUACCACGACAGGGCAAAAUAGCAUAAGCACAGGGUUCAAGAGCUGAGGUGGAACUGAAUGCACUUUAAUGGUGACCAGCAAAUUAUUAUUAUUAUUUUUUUAAUUUUUGGCUAUGCUCAUUCCCCACACACCCCUUUGUUGCUUUUUUGUUGUUGUUGUUGGGUUUUUUUUUUUUUUUUGCAGUGUGAUAUCAUGUAGAACUGGGACAGGAAACCUUUUGAGACUGUGCUUUUUAUGGGAUUAUCUAUUUAUUAUUCUAUCCAGAGUUUUAUGUCUGCCAUAGAAGAAAUGUGAAGCUGCCAAGAAGCUCAGGGAAGCUCUGGAGUGGGGUUCACCCCUGUGGUUGUUAAGAUAAAGGUUUUGUAUUAUAUCUUUCAGCACAAGCUUCCUCUGCCCCAAAUGCUUGUCCUUACAGGUAAAUCUGUAUUAGGAAAGUGCCCACCUUUCAGUAUUCUGGGAUAAAAACCCUUCCUCUUGGUUCCAAUUCAAAUCCCUCGCUGCUUUUUUAACAUUGCCUAAGCUGGUGAAAUGGUGAGAUGGUAAAAUCCAAGUUUCCAGUGUAUAAAAGGCUCCUGGAACAGCCAAGAAUAAAACGACCAGUUCUUUUUUCUGUCA